AUGAGAAUAUUGCCUCGGGUGAACGAGGAUGUUAAUGAAGAAUGGAUCUCAGACAAAGCACGGUUUGCUUAUGAUGGGCUGCUGUUGCAAAGACUGACGACACCAUUUGUGAAAAAUAAUGACGAUGAGUUAGAGCCUGUUGACUGGGAGACUGCUUUUAUUAAGGUAGCUGAAAGGGUAAAAAUCUGUGAUGGGUCAGUGAUGGCUGGCGUUGCUGGGAGUCUGGCUGAUGCUGAAGCCAUGGUGUGUUUGAAAGACCUGCUGAACAGUCUGGGUUGUGAGACUCUGUGCACCGAGGAGAUGUUUCCCACAACCAAAUCUGGAAUUGACUUCAGAUCCAACUACAUCUUGAAUUCCACCAUUCCAGGGAUUGAAGAAUGCGACGUCUUGCUUCUCAUAGCCACCAACCCACGACUGGAGGCUCCUCUUGUCAAUGCACGUAUAAGGAAGACUUGGUUACAUACAGAUAUGUGUAUCUUUGUUGUGGGUGCACCAGUGGACUUAUCCUACGAUUACCAGUAUUUAGGUGAUAGCUUUGCUGUGCUGGAGGACAUCAAUAAAGGAGUGCACCCCAUGGCCAAAGCGCUGAAGCUGGCAAACAAGCCGAUGAUCAUCCUGGGCAGUGCUGGCAUGCAGCGCUUAGACAGUGGCCCUAUUUAUGACAUUGUCCGCAACAUUGCCGAAGAUGCCGAAUGUCACUGCGCGCAUGAGAACUGGCAGGUCUUCAAUUUUUUGCAUCAGAGUGCUUCACAAGUGGGCGCCCUUGACCUGGGCUAUCAGGCGGGGAUUAAUCCAGUGAAGACACUCAAACCUCAACUCGUGUUUCUGCUGGGAGCAGACGCAGGUGCGGUCAAGAGGGAUGACUUGUACCAGAACUGUACGGUGGUUUAUAUUGGCCAUCAUGGAGACUAUGGAGCACACAUGGCAGAUGUCAUCCUUCCCGGGGCAGCUUACACGGAGAAGCAUGCUACGUACGUCAACACAGAGGGCAGGGUUCAAGAAGUUUGCCAGGCUGUGGCUCCCCCUGGUAUGGCAAGACAGGACUGGACAAUUAUCAGGGCUUUAUCAGAGAUUUUGAAUGUGCCUCUUCCAUAUGACAAACUGAAAGAUGUGCGGUCGCGGCUUGUUGAGGUUUCACCAACAUUUGCACAUCUGGAUGUUGUUGAAAAGACUGGCUUCGCUUUUAUAUCUGACAGGACAUGCAGGGAGAAGACAAUCACUGUGCAGAAACAAACUGCACCACUAGUCUCGCCAUUUGUGAAGCUGCGAGACUUUUACUUGACCGAUCCUAUCUCAAGAGCAUCCAUCACCAUGGCCAAAUGUGUCCACUCUUUGGACCAGUCAGAAGGGAACAAUCAGUACUAA